AUGACAAGCAGAACUGUCAUGCAUUUUUGCUGAAAAAAUUAACUUGCUAACUUGUCUGCCUUUACAAUAUAAAUAAAUUAAAUUUAACAAAUAUUUCAAUUAAAUCAUGUCGAAACAAGCAUCAAAGAAAAGUAAAUGGGCGUUGGACUUCAACAGCAACAAAUCCAAUGAUUUGCCUGCACCGAUAGGUUACAACCCCAGUGCAAUGGUUAAUCAAACGGAAGUUGUCAGAGAUCAACGUUUGGUGAUGAAAAAAUCCUGGGAUUUGGCAUUGGGACCAUUGAAACAGAUACCCAUGAAUUUGUUUAUAAUGUACAUGUCCGGUAACACAAUUUCGAUUUUCCCCAUUAUGAUGAUUGGCAUGAGUUUAAUACGUCCCAUUAAGGCAAUGUUCUCCACACAAGUUACCUCUAAAAUGGCUGAAGGUGCACAGGGUACGGGACAGAAAUUGGUUUAUUUUUUGGGAAAUUUGGCUAACGUUGCUGUGGCAUUAUACAAGUGUAAUAGUAUGGGCUUACUGCCGACACAUGCAUCGGAUUGGUUGGCCUUUGUGGAACCGCAGACACGUUUAGAAUAUUAUGGUGGUGGGGUGUCAUUUAUAUAGACCAAAUAAACUAUACCGUAUAAGUUCUAGUAAUAAUAAUUAUGAAUAUGUACGCAUUAUGCAUUUCUAAUAUUUUAGAAAAUGAUUUAUUUUGAUGAACAGCUAAUGGAGAUGUGGGAUAUGUUUUAUGAAAAUUGCAAAUAAAAUUUAUGAUGGAUAAAACAA